GGCUAUGGUAGUAGGUACCAACCGAGAGGCACUAGAACUGUCAACAGUUCGUGAAUUUCAAAGUUUUAUUUAGAAAAAUGUGAACAAAGUCCCGAAAGUGUUAAUUAAAGUAAAAAAGAUUCGUAAAAUUAAGUGCAUAAGGUGGCUGGUUAACCGCUGCGCAGGCGCUAGUUUUUUCCAAGCGUCUGGCGCAAGUUCAAAUUCGGUUAAUUUUGUGAAAAAACACGAAAAAGCCAUGAAAACUGGCAAAAGUGGACCAAAGAGGGGACGCUUCACACGCACACAGACGCAGAUAUAAGGUGAUAUAAUUACCAAUUAUAUAUAUUUUUGAUAUUUUAUCUUCUGUAAUAAUAAUGGAAUCCUCAGGUGUUGUGUCUCCUCAAAUCUAUUCAAUGCACAUUGAAACGACAAUAAAUAACCGUUUUGCCAAAACUCUAAUUACAAGUAAAGUAAAAAAUACAGACAAUAAAGCUAAGGAGGCCAUAUUUUCGGUCAUUUUGCCGGAAAAUGCUUUCAUCUCUGAAUUUGAAAUGGAAAUUGAUGGAAAAGUAUACAAGGCGUAUGUGAAAGAGAAAGCUGAGGCUAAAGCAAUAUAUAAUCAGGCCGUUUCAAGGGGAUUUAGUGCGGGUUAUGUCGAACUGGACGUUCGCGAUUCGAAAAAAUUCACCGUUUCGGUGAAUAUUGAACCGUCGAGUGAAACCAUCUUCAGACUCACGUAUGAGGAGCUUUUGCAACGCCAGAAUGGCCAAUACGAACUUAUUAUUAACGUACAUCCGGGACAAAUCGUUGAUGAUCUCUGUGUGGAAGUAAAAAUUGACGAAACGCGCCCUUUGGCCUUUGUCAAAACUCCUUCGUUACGUACAGGGAAUGAGAUAAGUGACGAUAAGCCCGAAUUGGAUCCUUGUGCCAAAACAGAAAUGAUUAACGCGAAUUCGGCCAAAGUUAGAUUCAAUCCGGACAAAGAGCAGCAGAAAAAAUAUGCAGAGCUGCUCGGGAGUAAAGAUCAGGGGCUUGCGGGCCAGUUUGUUGUGCAGUAUGACGUAGAAAGGGACCCAAAAGGGGGCGAAGUUUUGUUACGUGACGGUUAUUUCGUCCAUUUUUUCGCCCCAAGUGGACUACAAACGUUCCCAAAACAUGUAGUUUUUGUUUUGGAUCACAGCGGAAGUAUGGAAGGACGCAAAUACGAACAAUUAAUGCAAGCAAUGGAUAAAAUUUUGUCCGAUUUAAACCCCGAUGAUUUGUUUCAUAUUGUGCGAUUUUCCGAAAAUGUUUCAGUCUGGAAUUUUGAGAAAAAUAAGUUUGAUCAAGUCAGUUUCUUGCAAAAACCUGAAUAUAGAAACCUUGAUUCGUUUCUAGCGGAGUUUAAUUUAGGAGAUGCUGCUCAAGUAACUGAAGGCAAUAUUAAAAAAGCUAAAAAAAUCAAGGACCAUGAUGUGGACAUGGGGUGCACUAAUAUUAUCGGGGGAUUGGUAGUCGGUCUGUAUUUAGUGCGACGUACUUUACAAAAAUUUUACGAAAAAAAUGUUGAAACUAAACACCAACCAAUGAUUAUUUUUCUCACCGAUGGUUUACCAAAUGAGGGUAUAAGUAAUCCGGACAAAAUUACCAAAAUUGUGACUAAAAUCAAUCAAGGGACAAACAGAGCUGCAAUUUUCUCCCUGUCUUUCGGUGAAGACGCCGAUAAAAAUUUCUUGAAAAAAUUGUCGGCCCAAAAUUUGGGCUUUUCGAGGCAUAUUUACGAAGCAGCUGAUGCCGCCCUCCAAUUGCAAAAUUUCUACCGCACUGUUUCCUCCCCUCUGCUGCGAGACGUCCGAUUUAAAUACGUCGACAAAGUCUCAGAAGUGACCCGAAUUGAUUUCCCGAUUUUUUUCCUUGGUUCGGAAUUUGUGAUAGCCGGACGAUGCGGAGACACACGACCUUUGAGACACGUUGAAGCUUUUUGUACCAACGGUUGUAUCGAAUUUGAAACAGACGAGACCGAAAGUGACGUGUCUCUAGAGCGACUUUGGGCCUAUUUAACCGUCAAACAAUUGCUAGACGAGGCAGAAACGUCCGAAAAUCGCACUGAAUUGACCAAAAAGGCACUCAAUUUGGCCCUGAGAUAUUCUUUCGUGACUUCAGUCACAUCUUUGGUUGUUGUAAAACCUCAACAAAAUGAUGUACUUGAUUAUGAGAAUGAAGCUUUAGAAUUGCCAGAUUGUUGUGGAGAGAUGUUAGAAGCGUGUGCUUUGCUUGAACGACACGAGUGUCGAAUGCAAAGGCUUAAAACUUCACCUUUUCAUCGAUUAUAUCGUCACUGUAGGGCUAGCGUUUUUGUUGCGCCUAAAUUACCUAACUUGACUUCUGAAAUACGCAAAGUCUUUACCGACUUGAAAUACAAGGACAAGAUAACACAUUUAAAAAAUUGGGUGAACACCACACAACCUCAUUUGCCCCAAAUAAAUGACACGCAAGCACGUUUGUUUUUACAAUGUUGUGACUUCAAUGAAGAGGUGGCAAAAAAUUUGGUCGAUUCAUAUUUUACGAUUCGGACUUUGUGUCCUGAAUUUUUUACUGGGAGAGAUGUUUCGGACCCAUCUUUUCGUAGUAAGCUGGGUGUUGUAUUUUUUACUUUUGUGGCUGAGAAAACACAAGGUUACAUUUGUGUAAAACUGCGGGAUAUUGACUCAAAUGUUUUCGAUUUUACCGAACUUAUAAAAUGUUUUGAUGUGGUGUGCUCUCUACAACUCAGUAAAGGAGAAAUAGUUUACGACUAUUGUGUAGUUUUGGACAUGAUAGGCCUCUCGUCGAAACAUUUGGACAAAGUGGAGCCGGCAGUUUUGAAAAAAUUCUUAUUUUAUUUACAAGAAGCGUUCCCGCUUAAUAUAAAAGAGAUACACUGUUAUGUUCGGCCUCUUGACGACGACGACGACGACAUUGUAGCCAAUCUACUUGCAUUAAUAAAACCAUUCGUAAAAGAAGAAAUUAUGUCCAAGAUUCGUUUCUAUAAUAACGUUGGCGAUUUAUUAAAUUCUGUACCAAAAAAGUGUGUUUCUGCAGCAAAUGGGGGCACCUUGGACGUUGAGAAGUUGCACUUAAAAUUGCGAAGAGAGAUCUUUAAAAAGAUUGCAUUUUUCAAAGAAGAGGAAAAACAAGUAGUCGAUGAAACAAAACGAGUCGGGCCACCAAAAAUUACAAAUAACUGUUUUAUGUAACACGUUUUUUCUUAUAAAUAAUUCACAAUA